UCGGUACUUUCCGGGCUGACACCGGAAAUACCCGAACUUAUUGUGAGGAGCACAUCCGGUUCUGAGUGUUCAGCGGCAGAGCGACCGUUAACAAACCGUAGAAACGACCACAGAAUCCAGGCGAGAUGCCCGUUGGAGCUGCUUGAUAUGAGCCGGAGGUGAUCGUAGGUUUGGGUACCAGGUGUAUAUCAGACGAGGCCAUGGAGGAGAGACUAGCAGCCAGCCCCUGUUCGUCUGAACCGGACAGUCCCGGAGGUCUGAACCGGGGCUACCUCCUGGACCCCGGAGACGUCCUGUACCGGGAUCUGUCCAUGAUCGUCCCAGAAACACCCAGCCCUCAGCUCGGCAAGCGGAGGAGACGUCGUCGUAUCACGGAGGAUCGUUUCAGCCCGGCGGCGGCUGGAGGUUCUUCAGGACCAGAACACGCCAGCAGCAGCAGCGAACGAGGUUUUACACAUACAUCCAAACGGAAGAAGCUGACGGAGCGGAACGUCGACUUUGUUCCGGCUUCAUCUCUCAGGACUUUUCCUCUGGCCAGCUGGUUGGAGGCUCCGCUGUCUUCUGCACCCUGUUCCUCCUCUUCAUCUUCUUCCUCUUCUUCUGCCUCCUCGUCGUCAUCCUCCUCCUACCUCACACCAGUAUCAGUCAUCCGGCAGCCUUCAGUGUCUCCGGUGGCGGCAGCAGCAUCCAGCUCUGACUCUCUUUCCUUCCUGACUGCAGAGGAGAGGCGAUGGCUGAACGGUGAACAAGGAGACAAUUCGACAGCAUCGGAGCACAUCGUCAUCAGCGACGAUGAGGACGGAGCUGUUCGUCUGCUGCAGAUGGAGGAAGAUGAGGCGUUGGCUCGGAGCCUGCAGGUACAAACCUUCACCUGCAGACACACAAACACCUCAGAGGAGACCCGGAUUAACGGUUUCUGUUUGUUCCUUCAGGCUCAGUUCGACCGAGAGGAGUCAGAGUCACACAGCAGACCGCAUCAUCAUCAUCAUCAUCAUCAUCAUCUUCAUCCUCAGAACCACCACAUGUGUUAUUCCUACAUGGAGCCCAGCUGGAUGUCUCAGGUUCUGGCAGCUGUUUCUCCUCUGGUCGGCUUCGAAGACGAUCUGAUUGGCCAACACAGGCGACGUGGGCGGGGCCGGAGGAGGAACGCAGCGCCGGACUUCUCAGACGACGUUCAGGGAAAUGACUACGAGGCUCUUCUGGAGUUCGAGGAGCGUCAAGGCGCCGUCGUGUCCAAGAAGCUCAGUCGGAGGGAAAUCCAGAGGUUUCCCACCAAAACCUUCCAGUCCUCCAGCAGCGCCGGGAACUCACAGUGUCAGAUCUGUUUCUGCGAUUACACCGACGGGGAGAAGCUGAGGAUGCUGCCCUGUUUCCAUGACUACCACGUCCAGUGUAUCGACCGAUGGCUGAAGGACAACACCACCUGUCCGAUCUGCAGAGCUAACCUGGCGGACAGAGAAUCUCUGGAACCCCAAAACCUCUGAUCCAGCGUUUUAUACCGAACAAACGAUCUGUGUCUUCCUCCCGAUACAGAGUUACUUGAAUUUUACUGUUUUUGAUGAAUGAAACUCAUCACGUUGUCUUUGUUUUUAUGUUUUUGUUUUUAAUGCUUUUAUUUAAAUGUUGUCCUCAGUGACGAUCUGACUUCAGGAAUAAAACGAUAAAACUCUGAAGCUGCUGUGGUGUUUUGGGAGGACGGCGGUGGUGGUCUGCUGCUCAGUGUCGCUGAGUUAUAUUUCCAAUAAAUAACCAGGCUCUCUUUC